UGUGAAUCGGCACCAUCGACUACAAUGCCUGGAAGAGUCGCCGGCUCGUCCGCUAAAGCCACUGCUGCUGCCACGAAACCGCGAACCUCUCGGACUGCUAGAGCAGCUGCAUCGUCACCCGCAAGCAACAUCCCCGAUGAGGGACAAUCAACAAAGCUGCGAGACCAUGUCGCUGCAGUCUUCUCGGAUGCCCAGAAGUCAAACACUGGCCACAGGAAGCUUGUCAUCAACUUGCGAAAGAUCCAAGAAGCCUGCUGUUACGAGCCUUUGAGCUCAAAGAAGAAGCAGGCCGAGUACGAUUUCGACGAGGACGACUUCAACACAGAGGUCGUGCGUUGUGUCUUGCGCGUCUUGCCCAUCAAGAAGAGCGAGACUGUAGGCGAUCGAAUCGUCAAGUUUCUGGGCAUCUUCUUGAGAGUGGCGAGUGAGAAGGACAACCAGCUGGUCGCUGAUCAGGAUGGCGCCUUGCCAGAGACUCCCACUUCUCGCCUGACGAAUGCCAUUCUCAACACUCUGUUGCAGCUACUUUCUACAAAAGACAAGAUUGUGCGUUUCAGAGCCACUCAGAUCAGCGCUCACAUCAUCAACACCCUCGACACCCUGGACGACCACAUGUUCCACUUGCUCCGCCUAGCCUUGCUGAAGCGUAUCCAUGACAAGGAGUCCUCGGUCCGAAUGCACGCCAUCUACGGUCUGAGUCGUCUUGCUGCCGAGCUUGACGAAGACCAGCAAGACGAAGACAGCGACGAUGAUGAUGCCAGUUCUGGUGUCUUGGAGAAGCUGCUUAACGUGCUACAGAACGACCCUUCAGCCGAAGUCCGCCGAGCUCUCCUCCUCAACCUUCCCCUCACACCUACCACUCUUCCGUACCUGCUCGAACGCGCCAGAGAUCUGGAUGCUGCAACACGCCGCGCAUUGUACGCUCGUCUUUUGCCUGCAUUGGGCGACUUCAGACAUCUCAGUUUGACCCACAGAGAAAAAUUGCUUCGUUGGGGUCUUCGUGACCGUGACGAGACGGUGCGCAAAGCCACUGCUCGUCUGUUCAGAGAGAGAUGGAUUGAGGAUUGUGCUGCACUACCCGCAGCCACUGCUCCAGAAGAAGAGACGGAAGAUGGCAAGAAGAAGCCUGGUGUCACAAAAGCUGCCGAUCCCAGUCUCGAGGCUCUUCUCGAACUGCUUGAGCGCAUCGAUGUCGCAAACUCUGGAAACACUGGAGGCGUUGCACUAGAGGCAAUGAGCGAGUUCUGGGACGGUCGCCCCGACUACAGAGAAUAUGUCACAUUCGACUCUGAAGCCUUCUGGGACGAACUUUCGCCAGAGAGCGUUUUCGUUGUUCGCACAUUCAACGACUACUGCCGAGCCAAGGAUGCCCAAGGAGACGGAAGACUACUGGAUAUGCUCGAGAUGAAAAUGCCUGAAGUCACGAAAUUCGGUUUCUUGCUCGAGAUUCAGAUCAACAAGCUGAUCGAAUGCGUGCGUGGAGCCGCUUCUGGUGGACCCGACGGUGAUGGUGAUGAGGAGAUGGAAGAGGAGAGCGUACAGCGCGAAUUCAUCGUCGAACAAAUGCUUCACAUGGCCAUCAGCUUCGACUACAGCGACGAAGUAGGUCGUAGAAAGAUGUUCGGUCUCAUGCGCGAGGCCCUCACAAUGCCAGAGUUGCCAGAAGAGUCGACCAGACUUGCAGUCGAGACACUGCGCUUGGUCUGCGGAGACGACAGAAGCGACAAGGGCGAGAGCGACUUCUGCGGUAUUGUUCUUGAAGCCAUUGCUGAAGUCCAUGAUACUAUCAUGGGUGACGAGGGAGACAAGACAAAGAGCUCAACAGGAGAGGAGAGUUUCCACUCUGCUAGGAGUGAAGUCAGCGACGAUGGCUCGGCGAAGAGAGGUAAGAACUCGAAACGCGCAGAGGACAACGACGAAGAGGAUGAAGACGACGAUGAAGAGAAGGCCAUUCGCGAGAUCAUGGUGAACAUGAAGUGUCUGCACAUUGCACAGUGCAUGCUUCAGAACAUCCAAUGCGAGCUGGAGCAGACUGUUCAUCUGGUGACUAUGCUCAACAACCUUGUCAUUCCAGCUGUCAGGAGUCAGGAAGCGCCCAUAAGAGAGCGCGGUCUGGUCUGCCUCGGUCUUUGCUGUUUACUCGGAAAGAACCUUGCACAAGAAAACAUCACCCUCUUCUUGCACUGUUUCGCCAAGGGUCACGCAUCAUUGCAGACGAUUGCACUUCAGAUCAUUACGGACAUCCUUACAACACACCCAUCUUUACUUGCUCCUGUACCAUCAACAGGAGAAGGCGACGAAACAUCCGCUACGCUCUCCGCUACCGAGCCAUCACCAUUACUCAAGCCUGUCCUCAAGACUUUUUCCAAGUCGUUGAAGUCAGACGACGUCGAUGUUCAAUCAACAGGUGCAUCGGCUUUGUCGAAACUCAUGCUCUCACAACUCAUCACAGACCCUGAUUUGUUGAAGGGUCUGGUCAUCGCCUUCUUCGAUCCCGAGACAAGCGGCAAUGCAUCUCUCAGACAAGCGCUGACAUACUUCUUACCCGUGUACUGUCACUCGAGAGCGGCCAACGCCGAGAGAAUGGCGAGUAUUGCAACCGGAGUCAUUGCCCGUCUUGCUGCACUCCGAGAAGCAUUCAUUGAGGAUGAAGACGUGGAAGAAAGCGAGAUGGUGACCUUGAGCGUGGUUGGUGGCAUGCUCGUCGACUGGACGGAUCCUCGCAAGGUCAUCGGUAGCAGCGAAGAAGCAAAGACUGGCAAGCUCAGAGUCGAAGAGGGCGCUGCUCCUGACAGCGACAUGAUUCACUUUGUGCUCGCAGAGCAAAUACUUGAGAAGCUAGUGACCAGCCAAACAAGCAAGGACGAACGCAAAGUGUUGUUUUCAAUGCUCAGCAAGCUUCACCUUACUGUGCCUUCUCCCGACCCUGGACUCCUCCGUACUGUUCUCGAGCUGGUUGCAGAGGCGAUCGAAUCCAAGGUGGCAUCCGAUGUGACUAGCCGCAACGCUCUUUCCAAGAUGCAGACAACUCUGCUCAAACUCAUGCACGACAUCGCAACGGCAGAGAGAGGUGGAGGCGGCGAGGAGACAGUGGUCGAAGACACCACGGUCGUGCAGAGAACAGAUGUCGAUGAGACAGCGCAAUCCGUGACGGGUGCAGAUGCCAGGGAAGAUGAAGAGGAAGAAGAGGUCACAGAGGUGCAAGCCGAAGACGAUCCAGUCAAUGCACAGCUAAGGCGAGAGCUCGAGGAGACACGCAUUGAAGAUCCUGAAGCUGAGAGCACGCGGAUGGACAUUGACGAGGAGAUGGAAGACUAUGACUUCAGUGCCAUGGCCGAUGAUAACGACGUCCAGGCACUGAUGAAUAGCAUGGUGGACGAUGAUGAUGACUUGAUCGAGUAAGGAGGUUUGUUUCUGGAACCGGUCUGGAGUCUUGUUUGGACAUUGGAGUUGCGGAUAACGCUUGGGAACUUCUUUGAUACCACAACAUUACAUAUGAAUACUUUUCUUUCCUCA